CACGCAUACAUUUAUAAAUCCACACACAUAAGUAAAUUUGUCAGCAUCACUGCUGCUGUAUUCGUGUGCUUCUCUAAAUAUUUCCUACUACUACACUAUUAUUUCAAAUAGAUCUCUACAAUGGCAUCUCCUGAGUCAAAAUCACCUGAACAAUCCGAAAAAAAUCGAAAAUACGAUAGACAAUUGAGAUUAUGGGGUGAUCAUGGCCAAGCAAGUUUAGAAGCUGCUCAUGUCUGUCUUAUAAAUGCUACUGGGCUUGGGACAGAGAUAUUAAAAUCGCUAGUGCUUCCAGGUAUAGGAGCAUUUACUAUAGUAGAUGGCAAGAAGAUUACUCUUGAGGAUAUCGAACCUAAUUUUUUUCUAGAAGCAGACAGUGUUGGAAAAUCUAGAGCUCAAGUAGCCACUGAAAUGCUUUUGGAAUUAAAUCCAGAUGUAACAGGUGAUUAUAUUGACGAAGAACCCGAACAAAUUUUAUCCAACAGUCCAGAUUUUUUCAAUAGCUUUACUGUGGUUGUGGCUACUGCACUAACUGAAAAAACAUUGGUCCUUCUGUCAAAAAGACUUUGGGAAUUGGAUAUUCCUUUAAUAGUAUGCAGAAGUAUAGGCUUUAUUGCAUAUAUGCGCAUUCAAGUAAAGGAACAUAGUGUUAUAGAAACCCAUCCAGACAACGAAACGCCAGAUUUACGUCUAGAUAGACCAUUUGAUAGCCUGAAGAAACAUUUAGAUUCUAUAAAUCUAGAUGAAAUGAGCUUUAAAGACCAUUGUCAUGUACCAUAUCUAAUUAUUCUAUAUAAAUACUUAGAAAAAUGGUUUUUGGAGCAUCGUACUUUACCGAAACUUUACAAAGACAAGCAACAACUCAAAGAUAUGAUCAAAAAUGGUAUAAGACGCGAUGAACAUGAUUCGUCUAAUAGCGAGGAAAAUUUCGAGGAAGCAAUGAAAGCUGUAAAUACAUGUAUAAGAGCGAGUGAUAUUCCCGAUAAUAUUAGAAAUAUUUUAAACGAUGAUCGUUGCAUUAAUUUAACAGCAAAGAGCAGUUCUUUUUGGAUUAUCGCGAAAGCGGUGCGUGAUUUCGUUGAUAAUGAAGGAAAAGGAUUAUUACCACUUAAGGGUACUCUACCUGACAUGACUGCAGAUACUGAAAAAUAUAUUACGCUCCAACAAAUUUAUCAUAAGCAAGCAUCAGCAGAUGUAGAAGCUGUGUGGCGACGUACUUUGCAAUUGCUACGUCAAUUGGGUAGACCAUCAGAUUCAAUUUUAGAGAAAGAUGUUAAGUUAUUUUGCAAACAUGCCAGUAAUAUUCAUGUAGAGAAAGGAAGCUGUAUUGCAGAUGAAUACGAUUCUAAGAUUUUUGAUACAAAUAUCAUAGUUCAAAAUUUGGAAACCCCAGAAAGCAUGAUGAUUUACUAUGUUAUGCUUCGAGGAGUGGAUAAAUUUCAAGCAGAAUACAAUUCAUAUCCCGGCGAAUUCGAUGAUCAAGUGGAACCCGAUAUUGUAAAACUUAAGACAUGCCUGACAAAACUAUUGAGCGAAUGGGGGUGCGGACCACUAGCUAAAGAUGAUUAUGUACACGAGUUUUGUCGAUUUGGUGGCGCAGAAUUGCACUCCGUUUCGGCGUUUCUAGGUGGUCUUGCAGCGCAAGAAACCAUCAAACUUAUUACAAAUCAAUAUAAACCUGUUCACAAUACCUUCAUCUAUGAUGCUGUUACAUCAAACUCUGAAACAUUCUUUUUUGAACAUCGGGAUGGUCUCGAUUAUAUCAGAUCAUGUUGGUAUCUGCACGGUCUUGUGAUCGAACAGCUGAGGAAAGUGAAGAAGAGGAAGUUAACACAAGUCUUGACAACAACCAUGGUGGAUCGUGCGAAUAUCAAGCAGAUUAUACCGGCAUUGCCGGAUGAAAAAAUUGAUAUGCUGGCAGCUACAAGUGUGCUCCAGCAGCAAGCUGCUGAUAUUAGGAAUCAACGAAUUAAUUGGCAGUCUUAUUACCAAUCACAAAUGAUAUCGAAAGAAGACUAUGAUUUUAUAGCAGCCUUUGAUACAAGUGAUGCAAAAGCAAGAGAAAAUAAGCUGAAGGAAAAUCCGCAUCAAGCAGCUAAAACUUUUCUUAAUUUGCUUGGUCAUGUUUCGAAGGAUCAAACAAUUCAAUAUAUUCUUACUAUGAUUGAUGACAUGUUACAGGAGGAUCGCAGUCGUGUGGAAAUCUUUCGUGAGCACUCUACACGAAAACGAGAAUCGGUUUGGGGACCAUUUCUUAAUUUGUUGAAUAGACAAGAUGGCUUUAUAAUGAAUAUGACAUCACGCAUUAUAGCCAAGUUAGCUUGCUGGAGCCAUGAUCUUAUGGAAAAAACUGAUCUUCAAUUUUAUUUAACAUGGCUCAAGGAUCAACUAAAACUUAGCAACAAUGAGUACAUCCAAUCAGUGGCGCGUUGUUUACAAAUGAUGCUUCGUAUAGACGAAUAUCGUUUUGCGUUCGUAUCCGUUGAUGGAAUUUCAACUCUCCUCAGUGUUCUUUCUGGAAGAGUAAAUUUCCAAGUGCAAUAUCAGCUUAUUUUCUGCCUAUGGGUACUUACUUUCAAUCCUCUCCUGGCAGAAAAGAUGAAUAAAUUCAAUGUCAUACCCAUUCUCGCCGAUAUACUUAGCGACUCAGUCAAAGAAAAAGUAACACGUAUUAUACUUGCAGUAUUCAGGAAUUUAAUCGAGAAAGUAGAAGACGGGCAAGUUGCCAAGGAACAUUGCAUCGCUAUGGUGCAAUGCAAAGUAUUGAAGCAGCUUUCGAUAUUGUGUCAGCGGAAAUUCGACGAUGAAGAUAUUACUGAUGACAUCGAGUUCCUGAACGACAAAUUGCAAGCAUCCGUGCAAGAUCUAAGUUCGUUCGACGAAUAUUCAACGGAAGUGAAAUCUGGCCGUCUGGAGUGGUCUCCUGUUCACAAAUCGGGCAAAUUUUGGCGCGAGAACGCUAGCCGUCUCAAUGAGAAGAAUUACGAGCUCUUGCGGAUUCUCGUUCAUUUGUUAGAAACCAGCAAAGAUCCUCUUGUCCUCAGUGUGGCUAGUUUCGACAUUGGCGAAUACGUACGCCAUUAUCCGCGUGGCAAACAUAUAAUUGAACAGCUUGGCGGAAAGCAACGUGUAAUGCAACUUCUUGGGCACGAAGAUCCUAAUGUUAGAUAUGAGGCUCUUCUUGCAGUACAAAAACUCAUGGUACAUAAUUGGGAAUACCUUGGAAAGCAAUUAGAAAAAGAACAAGGUGCAUCUGGAGCGUCCACUAAUAAACCUGGAGCACAAGUGCCAGCAAAAGCUUAAAUGUUCGUACAACCUGUAUAAAUUAUGAUUUUUCCGUUUGGAGAAAAAAUACGAGAGUAUUAUAGAGGAUUUGCGUGCGUGACAUUAUCUACAUCCGCUUAUGUAAAGCACUUGUAUAAUUCGAUAUACUUACAUUCCCUUCCAUUCUAUAUUAUUGUAAAAAAAAAAAGAUAUAAUCUAUUCUCUACUUUUCUUUCGUGUAAUCCAAUUUUGUAAGAUAAUUCUUGAUUAUAUAUAGAUAUAUAUAUCCAACUCAUGUAUAUACAAACUUAUACAUAGGGACGUUUUACAUUGCGAAUGUAAUAAGAUAUAUAAUGUUGAUGUAUAAUGAAUCCCGUCACGUGUAACAUAUUUUAGCUUUAUGUAUAGAAUGUUCUCUGGAAUGUUAGAGAGAAUAAAAUUUUAUUCUGUUGAAAAACUGUUGUACACGCGACAUUACAAACAUCCACAUACGUA